GUUUAACUUUGAUGUUACUCAACGUGUGUCGUGUACCACAGUCGGUGAAACAUUUGAAAUCAGGUGUAAACACUUGAUGAGAUCAGUAGUAGGGAUGAGAGGAAGGUGCGUUCGGACUGUACGGAUGUGUGUAUGCACAAAGCGAGGAAAGCGGUUAUAAGUUGAAAUGGAAUCUAGGCUAGCAAACGGUCUUAAACUCUUAUAUUUUAAGAGGCCGGGGCCAUUUGAUCCAGGACGAGUGGGUGCACGACUUCCAGAAGCAUAUAGAAAAUUUUGGGAUGAAUGGAAGGUUAGAAAGCCGGAGCCUGUCCACUACGUGCCAGAACCAGGGAAGUGGAGGCGUGACCCAGUAACUGGUGUGGUAACUCCAGUACAAAAUGUACCAAUUCCUGUAAAAUAUCCAGCUGAAAGUCAUAAGGGACUUUGGGGUGGAGAAGGUGUUAUCCAAGGUUUCACAAAGAAGAAACGAACUGUCAGAAGAAAUCCAUACUUCUGGACUCCAAAUUUAAAACGAUCAGUUGUGUAUAGUGAAAUCUUGGAUAAAUAUAUGUCUGUUGUUGUCACUGAAAGGACAAUAAACUUGAUCCACAAGAAUUGUGGAUUUGACCACUAUAUUUUGAAGACCCCUGCAUGUGAUCUAAAAUCAGAGCUAGCAGUACGAAUUAAGCGACAGCUUCUAACAGCUUUGCUGAAGAAAGAUUAUCACACUGAUAACUCUGAAAAGCAGAAACAGAUACAUGAAGAUUAUGGUCAUUAUUUGAAAUCGUACACUGAAGAGGAAAUUGAGUGGUAUGGUCUGACCUAUCGUGAAGCCUGCAGAAAACUCAAACAGUCAGAUGAGGCUAUGUCUGAGCCAAAGCCCCUAAAGCAUCAGUUCAGGGCUGAACUGCUUGCUGAAUUACUAGAAGAAACUCUAGUCACUGAUAAAAUUGUCCCAAAGGAAAGUGGAGGUUCAUGGCUGUCAAGAAUAAAUCCUUUUGCUACUUAGGAAGAAAAACCAUCAGCAUAAGAAGAAACCCUUAUGUAUAAAAGUUUUAUGACUAAGUAAAUAACCUGCUUCAUAAAAAAAUAUUUUUUUAUGAGAGAAAAUUGAUGUAACCAGUAGCAUGUUGGCUGACUUUUAUGUGAAGUGUAGUGCAACUACAAAAGCAAUAACCAACUUGGGCAACACAAAACCCAGUGCAUCUGCUUUUGAGGGAGGUCCACAUAAAGUUAAUGUCCCAGAUUAAUAGCUAUUGAUCUGCAACUCAAACAAUCCUAGGUCUGGUUUUUAGAUUCCCCAUUUUUCCCAUAAAAAGAAUAUGCUAACACAUAGAUGGUAACUAUGUUUUUUAAAAUCUGUUAAUUUUCAAGACUUGCCAACAACUUAAUGUUAUAUGGUAACAGAAAUCAUAUAGCCAAAGAAAUAGAUUUGAAAAUUACUAUUGUUAUAGCAGCUGAAUUUACUGAAUUAAAAUAAAUGCACAAUACCAAAGCACUGAACUGGUCAUUAGGGCAGUAAACAUAUGAUGACACUCUUGCUUGUUAACUGCUGUCAAAGCCGGCCGGUGUGGCUGAGCGGUUAUAGGCGUUUCAGUCUGGAACCGCGCGGCCGCUACGGUUGCAGGUUCGAAUCCUGCAUCGGGCAUGGAUGUGUGUGAUGUCCUUAGGUUAGUUAGGUUUAAGUCGUUCUAAGUUCUAGGGGACUAAUGACCCCAGAUGUAAAGUCCCAUAGUGCUCAGAGCCAUUUGAACUGCUGUCAAAACAAGUCCAAAGCAGAAGUCCGUAACCACGGUGUGUUAACACUCAAAAUUGAUGUCUUAAGGCAUACAUGUCAUAUUGAGUCAUUAUUUUUCUUUCUUUCCUUAUAUAUAAGCUAUGUGUAAACUGAAUGAGCUAUGGACCAAAGACACAGCCAAAAGUUAAAUGAGUAGUUUUGUGGCAAGGUCAAUGUUUAUUUAUUGUUCUGUGGGACCAAAUUAAGGAGAAAUCUCCAUGUUCAUGGAACGAGUCAAUACAUGAAAUUAUAACACGAUAUUAGAAACAGAUAAAAUGAAAUAUAAAA